AUGGAGCAGUCGCGGUUUGGCGGUAGAGAUCGCCCCACUAGCGGCCGUGCCCAUCUGGCUCCAGGGCUGGUGACAGCACCUGCGCCCGGAUCGGAGACUUUGCCGGUAGUUCCGGGGAUGCCAGUUCCUCCGACUUUCCUGCGGCCUCCCAGCCUCUUCCUGCGAGCAGCCGCUGCAGCUGCCGCGGCUGCGGCCACCACGGCAGGCGGUGGUUGUCUCGCGGCUCCGCGGCUGGAGAGAGCGGUGGGCUACCCGCGGACGCCCAAGUGCGCGCGCUGUCGCAACCACGGCGUGGUGUCUGCGCUCAAAGGUCAUAAGCGCUUCUGUCGCUGGCGGGACUGCGCCUGUGCCAAGUGCACCCUGAUCGCCGAGCGCCAGAGGGUCAUGGCUGCCCAGGUGGCGUUGCGAAGGCAACAGACGCAAGAGGAAAAGGAGGCCCGCGGGCUGCAGAGGCUUCUAUACCCUGAACCUUCGGGGCCCGAGGGUCCGGCUUCAGGAGACCGCAGCAGAACCCAGAACACCCAGGCCGCUGGGUGCCCCACCGCGGUUGCUGCGCUGGGAUUGGGUGUCUUGAGACCAGUCAGUGGUUUGGCCACCCCCUCAAUCGAGGUUUUCCGGGAAGAUUGUUCCAAGGACAAAAAAGAACGAAAGGAAAGUAUAUGUGACUCAUGCCAGAGACAAGAAGAACAACUCUCCAAAUCCCAUCAACCCUCCUUGGGGUCAUCUCAAGAUGUCAGUGGGAAACAAGCCAUCAGCUGUUCCAUUUCAGAACAUGCAAACAGACAGGACAGCAUCCUCUCAGUUCACUUUGGAGACCAGUCAGGAGGUGAAGAAAGCCCUAGGUCCUUGUCAUCUUCUGAUCUGGAAUCAGGAAAUGAAAGUGAGUGGGUGAAAGACUUUACAGUGACCAGAACCAGCCUUCCCACAGUGUCCUCAAGACCAAGAGACCCUCUUGACAUUCUUACUAAGAUUUUUCCAAGUUACAAACAUAGCUGGCUAGAAGGCAUUCUACGCUUCUGCAAAGGAGAUGUUGUCCAAGCCAUUGAACAGGUCUUAAAUGGCAAAGGACACAAGUCCAACACUAGAGGCUUAGUGAGCACGGAACUGGAAAGCCCACGCCACCACAGCACACCUAAUUUUAGUCUAGCUGGAAUUCGUUUUGGAACUCUAGGUACUAAAUCAGCCUUCUCUCCUCUUCAAACCACUUCUGCUUGUUAUCAAGCUGAUUCAGAGCUCUACAGCUUAAAUCCCAGACUAGGUAUUAGCCCACUAAGGCUGGCGUAUUCUAAUCCAGCAAGAGGCUUGUCUGGUUUCAUGUCACCUUACCUAACACCUGGGUUAGUACCAACACUACCUUAUCGGCCAGUUUUGGAUUAUACAUUUUCAGGGGUGGUUAGGGAUUCUUCCUUCACUUCCUGUAAAGACUCAGUUCCUGCUGGUAGAGUUUAUUCCCAACCAAAUCAGGACAGUCUGUAA